ACACCCAAAGUUCGAUGAACUUGUUUGAAGAUAAAGUUUGAGGAAGUUGGCAAUUGGCUGAGUUUUGCUGGAAUGGUGUGAAAUGGCAAAUGUGCCCCAGCCUGGAGAAAUUAUACAUCUCAAUGUGGGAGGAAAGAGGUUCAGUUCCUCAAGACAGACUCUCACUUGGAUUCCAGAUUCCUUUUUCUCAAGUUUGUUGAGUGGAAGAAUUUCGACGUUAAAGGAUGAAACUGGAGCAAUCUUUAUUGAUCGAGAUCCUACCGUCUUCACAUCUAUUUUGAAUUUUCUCCGCACAAAAGAGUUGGAUGCCAGGGAUGUGAACAUUGCAACACUCCGGCAUGAGGCAGAAUUUUAUGGAAUUGCUCCACUGGUUCGCCGACUGGAACUGUGCGAGGAUUUAGAACGCUCUUCAUGUGGGAACGUCUUGUUCCAUGGAUACCUACCUCCACCAGUGAUCCCAACAAUAAGGCAGAAUCGACACAGUCUUGCUGGGCCACAGUUUGUGGGGUCACGGCAGGAGGCUGCAGAUCGAGUUCCUGUACGAAGGAGCAACACCAUGCCACCCAACCUGGGCAAUGCUGGAAUUCUGGGAAAGCUUCUGGAACAGCGAGGGAACGGAUCGAUAGCCAAUCCUGGGAUGGUGCGGAUUGUCCGAGGACAUCACAACUGGAUUGCAGUGGUCUACACCCAAUUUGUGGUGUGUUACAGACUGAAGGAGUCAUCUGGCUGGCAGCAGGUAUUCUCCAGCCCACGAUUAGAUUGGGUCAUUGAACGUGUGGCACUGAAUGCUAAGGUCAUGGGCGGAUCCCUGGGUGACAACGACAAGAUGGUGGCUGUGGCCUCAUGCAACGAGAUUAUCCUGUGGGCCAUUCAUGAAGGUGGCACCGGGAAUGAGAUCGGAACCUUUAGUCUGGGGGUGCCUGUGGAAGCUCUGUUCUUUGUGGGGAAUCAACUGAUUGCGACAAGCCACACUGGAAAAGUCGGGGUCUGGAAUGCAGUGACCAAACACUGGCAGAUUCAGGAUGUUGUUCCGAUAAACAGUUACGACACAGCUGGUUCCUUGUUGAUCCUAGGGUGUAAUAACGGAUCGAUUUACUACAUCGACGUCCAGAAGUUUCCGCUGCGGAUGAAGGAUAAUGACCUCCUUGUAACAGAGCUGUAUUGUGAUCCUUAUGAAGAUGCGAUCACAGCCCUCAGUGUCUAUCUCACCCCAAAAACCAGUGACAGUGGGAACUGGAUUGAGAUUGCAUAUGGGACAAGUUCUGGAAUGGUCCGUGUGAUUGUGCAGCAUCCCGAGACAGUGGGGUCUGGCCCACAGCUCUUUCAGACAUUUAGUGUCCAUCGCAGCCCAAUCACAAAGAUCAAACUCUCUGAGAAAAACCUCAUCUCAGUCUGUGCAGAUAGUAACCAUGUUCGGACGUGGACUGUGACUAGAUUCCGUGGCAUGAUCUCCACACAGCCUGGCUCAACUCCACUGGCAUCAUUUAAAAUCCUGUCCCUGGAAGAUUUGGAUGGUCAUGGAGGAUGUUCGGUGGGAUUGGAAAUCGGCCCAUUUGGGGAACGAGAUGAUGAGCAGGUUUUCAUCCAGAAAGUUGUUCCUGACACGAAUCAACUCUUUGUGCGACUAUCCUCAACAGGCAAGAGGAUCUGCGCAAUUUCCUCCGUGGAUGGCACCGCAAUCACUGCGUUUACUGUACACGAAUGUGAGGGUUCAAGCCGCAUCAGCUCUCGUGCCCGUCGCUACCUCUUCACCGGGCACACUGAUGGCAGCAUCCAGAUGUGGGAUCUUACCACUGCGAUGGAGACAUCUGGCAAGGCAGCCAGGAGAGACUCUGGCGGUCCCACAGAACAGGAGCUCCUGCGACACCUGGAGCAAUGUGACAUUGCGUUGUCCCGAACACCAGCUAUGAGUCCUGCAGAAUCAUGUGCUCAUCCUAUCAUGCUGCGGGCCUCAUCAUCCAGCCAGUUUCAGAUUGUUGAUGGAUUCCGUGAAAAGUUGUUGCGGAAUGGGACUGGUAGCAUUCGGAGAGACAGCCCCAUGAUGCUUAGACUGCAGGAGCGGUUUUCCAGUGUGUGCAGUCUGCAAUCAUCUGUUUCCAGCCGGACCUCAUUGGAUAAAGGUGAUGUUCCCAGUGGGAGCCCCAGGCAAGUGAGAUUACGCAGCUCCUCCAUCCAAGCGGACGGUCCAAGCAAUGAAAAUGCCAUUGCAGAAGGCGAUGGCAGGGCAGGGCAAAGAGGAAGCUUUGUUGAACGAUGCCAAGAGUUAGCACGUUGCAAUGAAUUUCAUGGAUCCAUGGAUCUCCGUCGUUUUAGCCAUGAGUCUGAUAGAUUAUUGAACAGGAGUAGAACCCUAGGUCAGUCUGAUUCUGUACAGGGGCUAAAAGCUACAUCACCCAGUCCAACAGUAUCCAUCAGAACUGUCCCACCCAAUGUGCCAUCGACAAGUCCCUCUGUAGAGUCUCGGUUGUCAGUAACCAGUUCCCUCAGUCCAGCCGUGGAGUCAGCAACUGCCAACAGACCCCGAAUGAAUGAGACCUCAUUUUGAUUAUCAGUGCUCAACACUCACCGUCCAGUGAAGCUUCACUGAAACCUGAACAAUGGACUUGGUGAGCUCCUUUGCCUGAGGUUUUGCGGCUUCACUAGUUCAUCAGAUAUCUUCAAGCUAUCUUUGUUGCACAUUCUGACUUCUAACUGGCUCCUCCAAUUGCAAAUCCUGUUCUGAAUCAGUAGAAACAUUGCCCAACCCAAAUCAACUGCUUUUUCCCUGUUUCGGGAAGCAAGAUUCCGGCUCAAAAGCUGAUCCCAGCUAAUCCACGUAUGCUGCUUUUAAAGAACAUCGAGUGUUUCUGAUGCCUAGAACCUGGUGUUAUCCUCCGUUCAUGUUUAAACUUCCACCUGUGGAAGACACUUGCUGUUUAGCAGUUCACAUUUUGGAAAAACUGAAAUGUUAGCUCUUAAAGGAUUAAAACCUGUUAGUCCUGGACGAGAGAUUGAUCCAGACCGCUUAUGAGUUGUUAUAUUGGUAAAGUUUUUAAUGUUUGUUAAUCAGAUUUUGAAUAAAAUAAACAGUU